CUACAACUGAGAUAAUAGUGCCUCACCUCAAAUAUAUCCCAAGCUACAGUUGGUUUGCAUUGAAAGGGCCUUAUAACCAUUUACUCAAUUGCUAAACAGAUCAAGGGAGUUGUUUUCCUUGCAGCAGAUGUAGAUUGACAGGUCAAGGUUCAAGAGUUUAACCGUGUAAACGGUUUAUAUAAAUAGGAGCUAUGCCAGUGACAGAUGUGUGGAUCUCACAGGUUGAGGUGGACGUUGUGCCAUUGAGUCUAGUUUGAGUUCUAGAAAAUACCGAGGGUUUCACACAUUGAAACAUGGAUUAUGAAUGUGAUUGUUCAGACCACAGUUCCAGACAGUCAAAAGCCAUCCUCUUCAACAUUCUCAGCCGAGGCGAGCCUGCUCAAAACGAGCCGAACUACAACCGGGUUCCUCACACGUGCAACUGCGAUAAACGCAGGAAAGUUUGUCUGAAGACCCCCAACGAGACGUGUCAGGAGGCUUCGGGUGUUCUCAUCAAGACAAUGCACUUCAUGAGGAGUUUGCCGGCGUUCCAGCAACUCCCGCCCAAAGACCAGCUGUCCCUGCUGCAGAACUGCUGGGCGCCACUUUUCAUUCUGGGUCUGGCCCAGGACAGAGUCCACAUUGAGAUCGAAGACACUCCGGCGCCCAGCAUGCUGAAAAGAAUUCUUCUCAAUGUCCAAGACAUGUCAAACUCAGAGCGAGAGCAACCCACGCUCGCUGGAGUCCAAACCCUGAAAUCGUGCCUCAAGAAGUUCUGGAGUUUGGAUUUAAGCCCCAAGGAGUACGCUUAUCUGAAAGGCACCAUCAUAUUCAAUCCUGAUGUGCCAGGCCUGAAGGCAGCUUUGUUCGUUGAAGGUCUGCAAUAUGAAGCUCAACAUGCCCUGAAGGAGGUUCUGGUUCCGCUUCCUCCAGAGGACAAAGGGCGAUUUGCAUGUAUCCUUCUCACCGCGUCCACUUUAAAGACCAUCACUCCUAGCCUCAUCACAGAACUGUUCUUUCGGCCGGUCAUUGGUCAAGCGGAUCUUCUGGACUUGUUGGUUGACAUGCUUUUCACCAGGUAGUGAACCAGGAACUCAUGGACCGCUUGACUUUGGACUUUCGAUUAAAUAUUCUUUUCUCCAGUGUUCAUAGAAAAACAGGGUUAUGCCUGAAAUAUUUGAAUAGUUACAGACUUUAUUGUUUACACACCUAAAUGAAUUUACUGCACCUUUGUAACAUGCUAUUUAGGUCUAUUUGUGCCUUUUAGUACAGUUGCUUUUAGUACGGGAAUUGAUUGUAAAAAUGUAUUUCUUGAUGUUAGAAAAAGAACUCUCUUGAAAACAUCUCCACACCUAAGGAGGGGGUUCAUGUAUCGUCUCUGUGAGAAAACUGUUUGAGUAAUCCACAUUUGAGGACAAAAUUAUGAAUGUUCAAACAGUUGGAAAUAAAUGUACUUUUACACAUUUUGGCAUUGCUAAUCAACAACACCUUUGUCUCUCCCUAUUGUUUGUCAUGUAUUUAUAAAAGAGAUAAAUGAAUAUAUCUACCUAUUGAUUUAUUCAGUCAAUCUUUAGAUAAUUAAGUUCCCAACAAUAAAAUAUUGUUUAUCAGAGGGAGUUACUAUGUUGUUUUGGGUUUAUGAGAAACCUUACAACUCUAUAACUCACAGUUUACAGCAGACUCAAUUUAAAAAUGUACAGUGCUCCCAAAAAGUAUUUGGAAACUUAAAGGAAUUUUCCAGGUUCAGGGGGCCUGGGUAACUCAGCGAGUACUGACGCUGACUGCCACACCUGGAGUCGUGAGUUCGAAUCCAGGGCGUGCUGAGUGACUCCAGUCAGGUCUCCUAAGCAACCAAAUUGGCCCGGUUGCUAGGGAGGGUAGAGUCACAUGGGGUAACCUCCUCGUGGUCGCUAUAAUGUGGUUUGUUCUCGGUGGGGCGCAUGGUGAAUUGAGCGUGGUUGCUGCGGUGGAUGGCGUGAAGCCUCCACAUGCGCUAUGUCUCCGUGGCAACACGCCCAACAAGCCAUGUGAUAAGAUGCGCGGGUUGACUGUCUCAGACGCGGAGGCAACUGGGAUUCGUCCUCCACCACCCGGACUGAAGCGAAUCACUAUGCGACCACGAGGACUUAGAGCGCAUUGGGAAUUGGGCAUUCCAAAUUGGGAGAAAAAGGGGAAAAAUCCCCCCCCAAAAAAGCACAAAUCUGUGUUCCAGUGAGACACUUACAAUGGAAGUC